AUGGUGGUGUUCGACGCCGACAUGGUGGCCAAGCCCAACUUUUUCACCAAGAUCCUGGAGGUGAUGCUCGACGACGACUGCGCGCUGUGCCUGACCCCCCAGGGCUUCAACAACUACAUGCUGCCCGGGACAGACGCCCUCGGCUACAUCGCGUGCACGGGCACCAACUUCUGCCUGCGCUGCGCGCCGCUGGCAGACUGCGGGUUCUUCCCCACCUGGACCAUCACUGAGGACUACGCCCUGGGGAUGAUCCUCAAGGCCAAGCACUACAAGGCCGGCUACCUGAACGAGUACCUCGCCAUUGGGGAGGCGCCAGAGGAGAUCCGCAACAUCUUCCGCCAGCGCUCGCGCUGGUGCAAGGGCCAGAUGCAGGUGCUGUUCAGCAAGGCGUGCCCCCUGUUUGACACGGGCCUCACCAUGGGCAUGCGCCUGCUGUACACCUCGGUCACCUGGUCCUACAUCACCAACACCUUUGCGGUGCCCUGCGCGGUCUUCGUGCCCUUCAUCGCCCUCGUGUUUGGUGUCUACCCCCUGGUGCUCAACCGCGACUUUGCCCUGGCGGCCACCCUCUACUUCUCGGCCAGCACGCUGGUGACGUCAUACUGCACCAACCGGAAGCACAUCAAGCCGCUGUGGUUCUGCAUCGUGUCGUGCCACCUCCUGUGGUUCACGUUCACCAAGGCGCUGCUCAACGUGCUGGCCAAGAAGGUCACCAAGAAGAAGGUCGUGUUCAAGUCCACCAAGAAGAAGGGCGAGGAGGACGGCCGCGGCGACGGCAAGGCCGCGCGCCGCUGGUGCCGCCCGCCGGCCAACGUCGGCGACAUGGAGGGCACGCUCGAUGCCUGGGUCCUAGUCGCGUCGUUCUUCUUCUCGUUCAUCACCGCGGUGGUGGGGCUGUUCCAGAUCAUUGACAAGCCGUUCACCGCCCAGGGGGACUUCAAGUUCUACCUGAUGCUCUCGGUGUUCUGGGCCGUCUACAACAUGAUCCCGCCCAGCCUGUUCAUCUUCUACUGCUACCAGAAGGGCCACCUCUUUGAGGACUUCUGCAGCUUCACCCUCACCCUCUCUUACCUCGUGGCCAUUGCCGGCAUCCUCUGCACCUGGCUCGUGCCCGACGACUACAACAUGAGCCAGGUGCUCAACGUGUCGCUGCAGUUCUUCGAGGCGCAGCGCUCGGGCAAGGUGCCGCGAAUCAGCAACACGCCGUGGCGCGGGAACAGCGGGCUGUGGGACUCGGUGCUGCUGCCCAACGGCAAGAACUACUCGCUGCUCGGUGGCUGGUAUGACGACGGCGGCAUGCUCAAGCUCUCCUACACCACGGCCUUCACCACCUCCAUGCUGUCCUGGGCCUACUGGGAGUUUAAGCAGGGCUACAAGGUCGGGGGCAACUCAGAGUUUGGCGCCAACACCAUCCGCUGGGGCGCGGACUACCUCAUGAAGGCCUCGGUCACCAACAUCUCGGCAAACGGCGCCGCCAUGCAGCCCAUUGUCGUGGCUCAGGUGGGGGACAUGACCAAGGACCGUGCCUACUGGGGCUCUCCCGAGAAGUACAUGGGCGCGCGCCCCGCCACAUACCUCUCUGCAGCCCGCCCCGGCGGCGACGCCGUCGCCAUGGUGUCUGCUGCGCUGGCGUCUGCAGCCGUGGCCAUCCAGGACGAGUCGCUGCAGGUGGCGGACGUCUACCUGCAGAAAGCCAUCUCGCUCUACGCACUGGCCCAGCGGUGGCGCGGCUACUACGCCAAGUACGUCGAAAGCGGCAAGACCUACCCCUCGGUCUCCAUGUACGACGACAUGGCGUACGCGGCGGUCUGGAUCUACUGGGCCACCGGUGACGAGAACUACCUCAACGACGCGCUGGUGCUGUACGACCAGACCACCAGCAGCGAGAGCCACGUCAACCCCAACCCCUUCAUGUUCAACUACGAGAACGUGGUGCCCGCGCUCGACCUGCUGCUGGCCAAGGCGCUCAAGGGCACGCCGGAGCAGAAGUUCUUCAAGGACAACGUCAACAGCUUCGUUAAGACCUGGAUGAACACCAAGUCCAGCACGGGGGACAUCUACUACACCAAGAAGUACCUCGCAAAGGCCUACCCCUACGGCACGCUGCAGCACACGGCCAACGCCGCGUUCUACGUGCUCUCCGCGGCGAAGGACAUCCUGGACAGCAAGUUCAUGCUUUACGCCUGCUGGUCCCGUAACCAGAUCGGCUACAUGCUCGGCGACGCCGGCCGCUCGUACGUCACCGGCUACGGCGCGAUCUCCCCGCAGAAGACGCCCCACAAGGCCGCCUCGUGCCCGCCGCCGGACGUGGCCGACUGCACCUGGGAGUCGGCCUACUACACCACCGACCCCAACUACAACCCGCUGCGCGGCGCGCUGGUGGGCGGUCCCGACGACGACGACACCUGGAGCGACGACCGCGACAUGAACAACCCGGCCAACAGCGUGAACCUGCUCAACACGGCCGGCUUCUCCGCGGCGCUGGCGGGGCUGGUCAACUUCGACAUCAACAUGGCCAAGUGCCAGCAGGGCAACGGGUUCAUCCAGACGAUGGCGCUGAAGGUCAAGGGCACGCCCGACGCCGCUGGCCAGCGCUGGUGGGAGGGCGUGUGA